UUUUAUCUCUUCGUCGGAUCCCACCGCGUUCUCAGUUUCGGCGAUAAAAGGGCGACGUUUCUGGGUUCCGCUUUCUUCUUCAAGCUAGGGUUAGGUUGCCUUUCCCCUUUUCUUCUUCUUCGAGGGUUUCGAUCGGGCUCGAAGGGACAGGAUGCCGCAGCGGCACUCGAAGAACAACAACGACCUAGCGUUCUUCACGUACGACGAGAAGCGGAAGCUCGGGUACGGGACGCAGCGGGAGCGGCUCGGCAAGGACUCAAUCAAGCCCUUUGACGCCUGCUGCCUCUGCCUCAAGCCCUUCAUCGACCCCCUCUGCUGCCAAAAGGGUCACGUCUUCUGCAAGGAGUGCAUCUUCGAGUGCCUCCUCGCCCAGAAGAAGGACAUCAAGAGGAAGCUGGCUGCCCAUACUGCUCAGCAGAAGCAAGAGAAAGAUGAGGAGGAAGAGAAGCUGAUGUUGCAGAAAGCUCGAGAGCUUGAUGCUUUUGAUCAACAAAAUCAUGGAGCUGUACCCCAGUACAGCGACAGGAGUCAUGCACGUGACAAAAAUGGCUUCCAUGGGGCUAACAGUGUGAAGGUAACUUCCUAUGAAGAGGAAGCCCUUCGAAACAUGAAAGCCUUUUGGCUUCCCUCUGCCACCCCUGAAGCACCUGCCAAGUCAGAAGCUCCAUCCACCGACACGAUCUGUCCAGAAGGUAAGGAGAAGUUGAGGUUAAAAACUCUCUUCCCCAUCUACCUUACAGAAUAUAACAAUGAACAUAAGAAACCCCAGUCUCUGGAAAGCAGUUAUAUAUGCCCAAGCUGCAAGGUUACAUUCACCAACACACUCUCUCUUGUGGCAAUCAGCACAUGCGGUCAUGUAUUCUGCAAGAAAUGCUCUGAUAAAUUUUUAGCUGUGGAUAAGGUAUGUUUAGCGUGCAACAGAGAGUGCAAGGAGAGGAACUUAAUUUGCUUGGAGAAAGGAGGGACUGGGUUCGCUGGACAUGGGGAUCGUUUGGAAGCAACAGAUUUUAAACAUGUGGGUAGUGGCAGUGGGUUGGGGCUGGUGAGACCAGCUGCGAGGACUUGAAUCCAAGAAACUGAAAUCAUGGAUUAGAGAGGUUUUUGUUCUGUUAGUUUUACUUAAUUGGAAUGUGAUUUGUACAAUAGUUGCGAGUGGACGAAUAUAAAACCACUAUAUUUGGUUUAUGGCCCCUCCUGCAAAUUCUAUGUUUGAACACUGUACUGGGUCUUCUUCUGAAUUCUGAAGCCCGUCUUCAAAUGCAAUGUUUGAACACUUUGUUGGGUGUUUUGUGCCCUGUUAAGCCCAUCAUCUGCAAAUUUAGUGCUUACAUUUGUUGGAU